CACUCCGCCUCUUCCGGAAGCGCUCGUGGCGCGCUGACGUCAGUGAGGAAGGCGUUGCGGACUGCGCGAGCUACAGAACGAGCGAAAGGGAAUCAAGAUGGCGGACCUCGAAGAUGUAACGCUGGACGGGAGGCCGCUCCAAUCGCUCCGUGUGGCGGAUUUGAAAGCCGCGCUGGAGGAGAGAGGGCUUCCGAAAAGCGGACAGAAGAAUGCCCUCGUCAAGAGGCUCAAGGGGGCUCUCAUGUUGGAGAACCUUCAGAAAACCUCCUCUCAUCACAUCGGCCUGCAGCCCAACUCCCGGAUUGGGGAGGAAAUGAGCCAGAACAGUUUUAUUAAACAGUACCUGGCAAAACAGCAAGAGCUGCUCAGACAGCGAUUGGAGAGAGAGGCACGAGAAGCUGCAGAAAAUGACGGAACAGACCAGGAAGACCACACAGAGGCACAAGACGGCACAGUCUGUCCUGCCCCUAACCAGGAUGUUGCUCCAACCUUAGUUGACCAACACAAGCCUACAGCAAGUGAGGGCAAUGAGCACAGAGAUAAAGAAAUGCCCGGACAGCCAUCACCCUCCACACCUGCCCAACCUGGGGCGAUAGCUUCUUUGUCAGUGCGAGUUGUUGGUGAAAGAGGGCCGACUUCAAGCCACGUAGCAGCCGAUAGUGAUGACGACAGCGGGGACGAUGAUGAGGAAGAGUGGAAAACGAAGGCUCCGCGGAGUCGUAAAGCAGAGCUGCCAAAAAGCCAACCGUUGAGGGAAAGAUCCAGUGGCUCACAGCAGCAGCAGCCACCCCCCCAACACAUACCUUUGCAGCUCAGACAGCCCACUCCACCACCGUCUCCUCCACCUGAACUUUCUUUUCCGCUCCCAGACACCCCUAAACAGAGCCCCCCUAGUCCAGGAGAGCCACCGUCUAGGCAGCGCAUGUCUAGCUCUUCCAGCUCUGGUAGUUCAAGUAGUGACAGCCGUAGCAGUAGCCCAGAACCAGCGGGCGACUCCACAGAACGCAGACCCGGACCUCUGACCUUACUGGCGCGUAAAAUGGCAUCUGAAGGAGCUUUUUCUGGGACGGGCAAGCAUGGUAGGGAGGGGGUUGAUAGGCAGUCUGCAAUUACCCACACAGCAAAUGCAGCAUCAGUUCUGUCAUACCCUAGUUCAGUGAUCUCCAACCAGGGAGUUAGUGUUGUCAGGACGGCAGUGAUAGAUGAGAGCAAUGCUUUGGAGCAGGAUGGGGAAAGACGUCAUUCAUUGGGGCAAGAGAACGAAAAGCGGGAAAGACAAAAAGAAAAAGAGAGGAUGAAAGCUCUUGAAAAGGAGAGAGCACUAGAACAGGAAAGACGUGAGCGCGAAGAAGCUCUAAAACGGGAGAGGGAAGAGAGAGAGAGGGCUUUGGAACUACAGAGAAUAGAGAGAGAAAAAGAGCGAGAAAGACUAGAGAGAGAACAGGCUCUGGAACGAGAAAGGCAAGAAAAAGAGAGACUGGAGAGAGAGAGAGCUUUAGAGAGGGAGAGGCUGGAGCAAGAGAGGAUAGAAAGAGAGCAAGCUUUAGAGAGGGAGAGACUAGAGCGAGAAAGGAAAAAAAGAGAGAAAGCUUUGGAGAAAGAGAGGAUAGAAAGAGAGAAAGCUUUGGAAAAAGAGAGGAUAGAAAGAGAGAAAGCUUUGGAGAAAGAGAGGAUAGAAAGAGAGAAAGCUUUGGAAAAAGAGAGGAUAGAAAGAGAGAAAGCUUUGGAGAGGGAGAGGAUAGAGCAAGAGCGGAUAGAAAGAGAGCAAGCUUUGGAGAAAGAGAGGAUAGAAAGAGAGCAAGCUCUGGAGAGGGAGAGACUGGAGCGAGAGAGGAUUGAAAGAGAGCAAGCUCUGGAGCGAGAGAGGAUAGAAAGAGAGCAAGCUUUGGAGAGGGAGAGGAUAGAGCGAGAGCGGAUAGAAAGAGAGCAAGCUCUGGAGCGAGAGAGGAUAGAAAGAGAGCAAGCUUUGGAGAGAGAGAAGAUAGAAAAAGAGCAAGCUCUGGAGCGAAAGAGGAUCGAAAGAGAGCAAGCUUUGGAGAAAGAAAGACUGGAGAGAGAGAAGAUAGAAAGAGAGCAAGCUCUGGAGAGGGAGAGACUGGAGCAGGAGAGGAUAGAAAGAGAGCAAGCUCUGGAGCGAGAGAGGAUCGAAAGAGAGAAAGCUCUGGAGAGGGAAAGACUUGAGCAAGAGAGGAUAGAAAGAGAGCAAGCUCUAGAGAGGGAAAGACUGGAGAAAGAGAGGAUAGAAAGAGAGCAUGCUUUGGAGAAAGAGAGGAUAGAAAGAGAGCAAGCUUUGGAGAAAGAGAGGAUAGAAAGAGAGCAAGCUUUGGAGAAAGAGAGGUUAGAAAGAGAGCAAGCUUUGGAGAAAGAGAGACUGGAGAGAGAGAGGCUAGAAAGAGAGCAAGCUUUGGAGAAAGAGAGGUUAGAAAGAGAGCAAGCUUUGGAGAGGGAAAGACUGGAGAGAGAGAAGCUAGAAAAAGAGCAAGCUUUGGAGAAGGAAAGACUGGAGAGAGAGCAGCUAGAAAGAGAGCGUGCUUUGGAGAAGGAAAGACUGGAGAGAGAGAAGUUAGAAAGAGAACAAGCUUUGGAGAAGGAAAGACUUGAGAGAGAGCAGCUAGAAAGAGAGCAAGCUUUGGAGAGGGAAAGACUGGAGAGAGAGAAGUUAGAAAGAGAGCAAGCUUUGGAAAAGGAAAGACUGGAGAGAGAGCAGCUAGAAAGAGAGCGUGCUUUGGAGAAGGAAAGACUGGAGAGAGAGCAGCUAGAAAGAGAGCAAGCUUUGGAGAGGGAAAGACUGGAGAGAGAGCAAGCUUUGGAGAAAGAGAGACUGGAGAGAGAAGCUGCAUUGGAGCAACAGAAACAAGAAAAAAAGGCCAAGGAACAGGAAAGAUUGGAAAGAAAGAAGUCUUUGGAGAGAGAACAACUUGAAAAGGAAAGAGCUUUGGAACAAGAGAGGUUGCAAAAAGAACAAGCUCUUGAGCGUGAGAAAGAAGCACAAAGGAAAGCAGAACAGGAGCGAGAGCAAGCCUUGGAGAAAGAAAGAGAGGAGAAGGCUUUAAAAGAAGAAACGGAGAGAACAUUGGCGGAGAAGGAACAAAAAAGAAUACAGGAUGAGGAACGAGAGAAAGAAAGAGAAAGCCGUCUUCCUCCAUGGAAACGUGGCCGUGAUAUUAGUGCUUUCUCCCGUCCAGUGGCUAAAACUCCUGAGAGUCAUUCAGGGAAGCCUGGUGGUAGUGAGGAUGGGGAUCCUCAAAGUGUCAGCAAUGAUUCUCAAUCUACAGAGUCUGUCCCACAACAGUCACCCACACCCGUAACACCAUUAUCCCCUCAGUCCUCCUCUAAGAAAUCUCGCAUCCUCAGAGAUACUCCUUUGACUACUCCUCUCCCAUCAUCUCCAGCUUCUGUGUUGAAGAGACCUCGGACCUUCUCAGACAGACCUAUGCCACAAGUUCCCAUAAUUCCGUUACCAACUAAAUCUGAAGAAGUGCAAGAAGAUGCUGCUAAGGACCCUCAAACGUCACUGCAGACUGUCAGCCAAUUCCCAGAUGAGCGCAAAUCCCCAGAUGUGGCUGCCCAAAAACAUGCAUCACAACAGGAAGAGAAGAAGGAGGCAUCAAAAGCAUGCAGAGAGAUCCAAGACAAUGAAGAAGACACUAAACAUGAAACGGUUAGGAAAGUUAGGGAUGAGGAACAACCUCCUUCAUCCCCUCCAGAGAAGAAAAGAGAAAGGGAGACCGUAAAGAAAGAGGUGGAGAAAAGAGAAAGAAAAUCAUCCUCCUCCUCCAGUGAUAGUUCCUCGUCUGACUCAGAUUCUGGGUCUUCUUCCUCUUCACGUUCCUCUAGUUCAUCAUCAUCAUCCUCGCAGGAGAAAACCCAUUCUAUUCCAGACAGUAGGAAGUCUAAAGACAUCCAGAAAGACAUUUCAUCUCGGCACACUGAAAAAGAUAGCCAAUCUGUGGCUGUGAUUGAAAAGCCUCCUACAGCCCAGCGUAAAAAACGUGUUUUCACAGAGCAGGAGGAGAAAGAUGUGAGCAAUGUAGACGUCAUUCAGACUAAGAGGCCCUGCAUUGAGCUGCAGGAGAAGACGACAACAGAAACGAAAAAGGAAGAUACUGGUGAAGAUGAGACUAUGGAAAACACUACAAGUAGUGAGGUGAAGGAAGCAGUCAUGGCUGAGCCCGAGAAGCUUCCAGAGGGCAGUGAGGAGAGCACCACGCCAAAGACCUUCUCCGCCCGGCGAAUCUCGCUUGGCAGUAGCAAACCGUCUCCUGGAGCGGUGAGUUCGGAAGGGGAAGUGGAGAGCGCGAGCGUGUCUGCUUCUGGUAGGAAGAGGAGAUGGGGCUCAAGUACAGCCGUCACUGCCAAGAAACCUUCAAUCAGCAUCACCACAGACUCUCUAAAAUCUUUAAUUCCUGACAUCAAGCCUAGCUUGGGCCAGGAGGCCGUUUUAGACCUGCAUCCAGAGGAGAUGCAUCUUUCUGGUGAAGAGGAAGGCGGAGAGAGAGGCGACCAAGACUUGAAAAUCAGGCGAACUGUAACACAGGUUGUGCCAUCUGAGACACAAGAGAAUGGACAGAAGGAGACCAAAAGAAGUGAUCGUGAAGAUGAGGAGGAAAGAAACGACAGGCAGCGCAGACUUAGCCAGGAGGAGAAGACGGAAAACUCCAUUCAAAUUUCUGUGGAUGCAGAGAUGUCCUCCCCUGGACGUGAUGUAGACACGAAGACGGUGACUCCCAGUGACACACUGAUUCGGCGAUCCAUUAGCCAGCAGAAGUCAGGAGUGAGCAUCACCAUCGAUGACCCAGUCCGCACAGCCAAGCAGCCCUCCCCUCCUCGUGGCAAGCUCUCUAACAUCGUCCAUAUCUGCAAUCUGGUGAGGCCGUUCACACUGGGGCAGUUGAAGGAACUGCUAAACCGCACGGGUGCUGUAGUCGAGGAGGCUUUCUGGAUCGACAAGAUUAAAUCUCACUGUUACGUCACAUACUCCAGCGCAGAAGAGGCAAUGGCCACACGGACGGCACUACAUGGGGUUAAAUGGCCCCAGAGUAACCCAAAGUUCCUCAGUGUUGACUUCUGCCUGCAGGAGGAGUUGGACUUCCACAGGGGUCUGGGUCCAGCUGGAGAAAAACCACCAGAGGAGGCACGUGGGGCGGCCCCUACAGGGCCAAGCCGUACAGUUCCCCAACCUCUUCUUCCAGACCGUGACCAAUGGGCAGAACGAGAGAAGGAGAUGGAAAGGCGCGAAAGAGCGCGCGCGGAAAGGGAAUGGGACCGGGACAAGGUGAGAGACUUCACCAAACCCGGAGAAGAACGGGAGGCUGGGGCCAGACGGUCGCGGUCUAGAGAACGGGAGAGGCGGCGCAAGGAGAGAGGGAAGAGCAAAGAGAGAAAGACAGAGAAGAAGGAAAAAGCUCCAGAAGAGCCACCGGCGAAACUGCUGGAUGACCUGUUUCGCAAAACCAAAGCGGCACCCUGCAUAUACUGGCUCCCGCUUAAUGAAGAACAGGCAGCACUGAGGGUAGAGGCUCGUGCCGAGCGCAUGAGAGAGCGAGAAAAGCGGAGAAAGGAGAUGGAAGAGGAGGAGGAUAAAAAGCGCGAAGAGGAGCGCAGGGAGAGAAUGAAGGCCAGCGGAGCGGCCGGAGGAGAGAACGAGAGAGAGCGCGACAGAGAGCGAGACAGGGGUCGAGAGAGGGACCGCGAGGCGGAUAAGCGAAGAGAAGGAUAUCGCAGGCCUGCCGGAAACAGUGCGAGCGGCAGCAGAAGGUCAAGGAGCCGGAGUGACCCUCCGCCCAGAGACCGACGGCGCUAAUGAAAAUCUGGAACUGUCCAGUUUGUAAGGCCCUUUCCUGUACGUGCCGUAACAGCUCUAUGCCUACCUUUCUGAGGACCAACUCAGACUCGAUACAAACACACACACACACACACACACACACUGCAUAAAGAUGCACACAAGUGCACACACUCAUUGGGACCACGGUGGUGCUGUGUCUCCAUGUAGACUCUUGUCUCGUCGUCUGGGCUUUUAAGACUCCUGGUGUUCAUUUCCCCUUCUCAGUGUUAAUAGACUUCUGGCAUAACUGGGCCGCACUGCAAGACAUCAUCUUAUUUGAAAUGUCACCAGCUGAUGGUAAAGCAGGGACUCUUCUGUUUGUAAGGGUCCUGUCCUCGAGCCCUAACCCACAGCCUCUGCCCCUCUGUCAUGUUUUUAGGUAGUUUUUUUUAUUUUGAGGUUUGGUGAUGUCUUCGUUCUUCUUCAGUGUAGUGCAGGAGGAUGAGUGAUGCUGCCUUCUUAAAGAAAUGAUGAUGAUGAUGAUGAAGAUGAUCUGAAAGCUUUGGUGUGACCAGACUCGUCAUUUAAACCAGACUACCAUGUGUUUUCUCCUUUGUUUCCCCUCUCGUUCAUAUUUUCUUGUCGUUUUAUAUCGUCCGCUUUUUACCACACUUUUGCUGUUACCCGCGUUGCCAUGGAGAAUGGGAUGCAUAUUUAACCUUUUCACAUUUGGUUUUAAAGUUUUUUUUAUUGUUUUAGCGUAAAUGCUGACAUUUGCUUUCUUUUUAUUUUUUUUGUUUGCUCCUGUAAGUGCUGAAUGUACAAAUAAUAAAAGGUUACAUCUAAGAUCUGAAA